ACCAUUGUCAUCAUUCCAUUGGCCCUCUCUCUCUCUGUCUCUCCCCCCAAAAGCAGAAAGGAAAGUUGUGUAUAUAGUUCUUCCAUGAAUGCUACCUUGCUUUGUUCACACCCAUCUCUUUCUAACUAAUCAGACUCUGGAAAAAAUAACCCAUUACUCAUUCACCAAGUAAAGAAACCAAAAGGAGACAUGAUUCAUACCAAACUGGCCAUGAAUGUUCUCUUGCUUUCACACCACACCUCUGAAUCGGUUGUAUUUCCUGUUCAUAUGUGUUUCUCUCUCUAACCCAGAUACCCAAAACUAAUCCCACGUCCAAAUGUCUAACAAGCCAUCUGAGCCCGAGUUUGAGACAGUGACUUACAUGGACUUGUUCAAGAAAAUCAAACGUUUGAGACUCAUUGAGCCCUCUUUGGGCAUAAUUGGCUUCUUUUUUGUUACCGUUUGUGUAAUUUUUGGCUUCGUUUACUUGGAUUACAGAGCUGUUACAAAAGGGCUUCGGUUCUCCACACAAUCAGAGAGGUUAUUGUGGUUGAAAUUUUAUGGUUCUCGUGAGAUUAAAAAGGUUGAGUUUUUGAGUGAGAAGGGCAAUGGGUGUGAUGUGUUUGAAGGUGAUUGGGUGUGGGAUGAGAGUUAUCCUUUGUAUCAGUCCAGAGAUUGCAGGUUUUUGGAUGAUGGGUUUAAGUGUUCUGAGAAUGGAAGGCCUGAUUUGUUCUACACCAAAUGGCGUUGGCAACCCAAAGAUUGCAACUUGCCCAGAUUUGAUGCAAAGAUGAUGCUGGAGAAACUGAGGAACAAAAGGCUAGUGUUUGUUGGAGACUCAAUUGGAAGAAACCAGUGGGAGUCCAUCCUCUGCAUGCUCUCUUCUGCUGUUUCAAAUAAGGAUGCUAUCUAUGAAGUGAAUGGCAGUCCAAUCACAAAGCACAAAGGGUUUCUGGUGUUCAAAUUUUUGGAGUACAACUGCACUGUGGAGUACUUCAGGGCUCCAUUUCUUGUAUUGCAAAGCCGGCCUCCUCCUGGAACUCCAUCAAAAAUAAAAACUACCUUGAAAUUAGAUCAGAUGGAUUGGAGCUCUUCCAAGUGGAGAGAUGCAGAUGUGCUGGUUUUCAAUACAGGACAUUGGUGGAACUACGAGAAGACCAUAAGAGGGGGUUGUUACUUCCAAGAAGGAGCAGAGGUGAAGAUGAAGAUGAAAGUUGACAGUGCAUACCGGAAGUCCAUUGAAACAGUAGUAGACUGGAUACAUCGUCAAGUGAACCACAGCAAGACCCAGGUUUUCUUUCGAACAUAUGCUCCUGUACACUUCAGAGGUGGGGAUUGGAGAAGCGGAGGACACUGUCACUUGGAGACGCUACCAGAGCUGGGUGCAUCAUUGGUGCCUUCCCACACUUGGAACCGAUAUAGCAUAUUGAUGGAUGUAAUAUCAGCUCACACAAACAUUUCAGAUGCUAAAUCAUUAGAUGUAUUAAAUGUUACACAUAUGACUUCAAGAAGAAAAGAUGGUCAUUCAUCCCUAUACUAUCUGGGUCCUAAGGUAGGUCCUGCUUCUCUUCAUAAGCAGGACUGCAGCCAUUGGUGUCUGCCUGGAGUCCCGGAUGCAUGGAAUGAGCUACUCUAUGCUCUCUUUUUAAAGCAUGAGGCCACCCGCUCUUGGAACUCAAUCUAAAUUUCAGUCAGUUAGCCUACAAACUAUUUUAUUCAUUUGGUGCAAGGAAAAAAAACAUUGAUUUCAUCAAGACGAGUUCAUCCACGAGUUAAGCAGCAAGACAAGACCGUAUUGAAGUAUCGGAUUAGUUAGAGAGAUUUGAGUCGAAGGGAAGCGGGUUAUUGGUUAUAUAUUUUCUGCUGACAUAGGAAGAGCCCAAUUCUAGGCACUCGUGGAACUGGGGGUUCCGCAGAUAAGAUAGCAGACACAGACACAUACACAUUCUGGGUUUUUUUUUUUCUUCAUCUUUUCCCCUCAUUUGGAGGCAAGUCUACAAGGUAGUUCCAUUCUUUAGAAUGACUGUGCUGUUAGC